UACGGUAUAAUCCAGAGAACAUUUGGAUGGCUUUCGAGAAAUAUCACCCGCCGCGCAGGUCAACGAUAAAGACGAACACACUCGCCCACACCCGCAACACCACAGCGGGGCCUCCGAUGAUAGUUCCUGGCAGUGCGGGACCGUCGACCUGUCAGAUGAUGACGUGAUAGUAUCGCACAUGAUUCUGGAUGACGGAAUCUCUGCCGAGGAGAAAUACCCAGUGCCUUGUCAGCGUGCUGGGCUGCGGUCAACAUGGUUUAUCCAGCUGUUCCAAUGUGGCCAGUCUUGGUGUUCCUGUCUGUUUCAGCAACCGGGGUAAGGUUUCACAGUACGUUAGCGCCGCAACGACGGGGUUACUAUAUUUAGCUCGGCGGCUAAGAAAAACAUCAGAUAACCAUGACCAGUCCACAUUCUUGAUGAGGAAAACUGACAACAUCGGCGCGUAUAAGUUUCUGGAACGUCCAAUAGAUGAAGAGGGUUGUAAGUGAUGAUGUGCUCUUACGCAGCCUGAUUCCCUGGACUAUAAAAACGGGUGCCAGACUCCACGUUCUAGAUUCCUAACUGUCCGUUUACAUACAUCUACUA